GCGGGCCUCCGCCGCCCUCGACGCCAAUGCGCGUUCCGUGAAUACACGUCCGUUAAUAGCUUGCUUCCAACCACCAUGUCCUUGACGGCGACAGCCCAGCGCAAUGCGAUCGCAACUGCGUCAAGAUGCCUGAAGCGCAGCCUCCCCUCUGUCGCGGCGGCGCGCCGGACGGUGUCGACUAAGCCGUACCCGGAAUUCAUCAAGUUGAACUGGUUUGAGAACGCGUUCCUGGCUGUGGGUUCUGGGUUGGUAGCUCUAGCGAACCCAAGGAGGGGAGACAUGGUCGCGACCCUUGCUGAGACGACGGCGGGGCCUAGCCUCCCGCGCCUUCGGGACAUCAUGCUGAAGAGCGAGGAAGGACGACAGAUCCUGAAGGAGCGACCGCGUAUCAACACCAACACAGUGGACAUGGAGGCGCUGGACAAGAUGCCGGAGGGCUCGUUCGGCAAGUCGUAUGUGACCUGGCUUCACCGAUGUGGCGUGACCCCAGACACUCGCGCUCCGGUCCAAUACAUUGAGGACCCCGAGCUCGCAUACGUGAUGCAGCGCUACCGGGAGUGCCACGAUUUCUACCACGCCAUCGUCAACAUGCCCGUCAGCGUCGAAUACGAAGUCGCCGUCAAGGCCUUCGAGUUUGCCAACCUCGGCAUCCCCAUGACCGGGCUCGGGGCUGCGCUCGGCCCCCUGCGCACCACUGGCGAGCGCCGGCGGCGGCUCAUGACCGAGUUCAUGCCCUGGGCGCUGCGUUGCGGGAGCAGCGCUAGAAGCCUCAUCACUGUGUACUGGGAGAAGCGAUGGGAUCAGAACAUCGAGGACAUGAAGCGGGAGUUUGGCAUCUGGGACCCGCCCGCGCCCAAGUGGAGGCUGAAGCCGCUGAAGGAGGCGGAGCUGGCGGCGGCGAAGAGGAAGCAGAUGGAGCAGGUGACGAAGGCGACUCUGUAGUAGUAACUUGAGGUGAGUGAAGCAAACUGCCUCACUGGGUAGCAGAUAACCGGGUAGUUAGCGCGCAAUGCCAAAUUUAUCCACAACUUUCUAUGCGCAGGACCA